AGGGAGGAAGAAGGAAUGAAAGCUCUCAUAUGCUCUUUUUCUGUGUUAUGUAAGAGAAAGAUUGCAAGAACUCUGACAGCUUUUUAUGUUUGUUUUUCAGGUGUAUGCGGUGAUGAGUUUAGUGUCUUACGAUCACCUCAGUCAGUUGUGUUUCGAGAUGGAAGUUGGCCCAUUCCUGGCGAGCGGAUCCCAGAUGUAGCUGCAUUAUCCAUGGGCUUUUCUAUUGAAGAUGAGCUUUCCUGGCCUGGGCUUGCAGUGGGUGAUCUGUUUCACAGACCACGAGCUACUGUGCUGGUAACAGUGAAGGGAGUAGACAAGUUGACAUUGCCUGACAAAGGAAUUUCUUAUCCUAUUGAGAAUGCUGUUCCUUUCAGUCUUGACAGUGUUGCAAACGCUAUUCAUACUUUGUUCUCUGAGGAAACUCCUGUGGUCUUGCAGCUGGCCCCCAGUGAGGAAAGAGUGUACAUGGUGGGCAAGGCAAACUCUGUAUUUGAAGAUCUUUCUGUCACACUGCGCCAACUGCGAAACCGCUUAUUCCAGGACAACUCCAUUCUCAGCUCCCUUCCUCUCAACUCCCUCAGCAGAAACAAUGAGGUUGACUUACUUUUUCUGUCAGAACUACAAGUCCUACAUGAUAUUGCAAGCCUGCUGUCUCGACACAAGCACUUAGCCAAAGAUCACUCUCCGGACCUGUACUCUCUGGAACUGGCUGGUUUGGAAGAGGUUGGAAAACGAUAUGGGGAAGACUCUCAGCAGUUCAAGGAUGCUUCUCAAAUUCUUGCAGACUCUUUGAAAAAGUUUGCAGAUGAGAUGUUUAAUCUGUAUAGCGGGAAUGCAGUAGUAGAAGUGGUAGCUGUGAAGGCAUUUAAUUCUCCCCUCAUGAGGAAGACUCGCUCCAUUCUCCAGUCUUCACAGAGUGAAACAGACAAUCCAUAUAACCUUGCCUAUCCAUAUAACUACAACUACUCUGUAAUCUUCAACAUUAUUCUGUGGAUGAUGAUAGGUCUUGCUUUAGCUGUGAUAGUUAUCUCCUACAACCUCUGGAACAUGGAUCCUGGUUAUGACAGCAUUAUUUAUAGGAUGACAAAUCAGAAGAUAAGAAUGGAUUGAACUGCACUGUAUUCAGCGCAAGAAAAUGAUGAAGAGUAAGGUCUCCUUUAAACUGUGUGGAAAACAUUCUGACAUGGUUAACCGUGGAAUUUUUUUAAAGGUGUAUUUAUUUCUAAGUAUUUUUUUCCCUCUCAAGCCUAUUUUAAAUGUUAGUAGUAGCACCAUAUGGGAUUUAGAAAUUGAAAUCUGCUUGUUUAAAAAAAACCCAACAGAACAACAAUCCCCAAAGUAAUUGUUAUUGAAGUAACAUCAUUCCAUUUUUUUUUAAAUCAUGUAACAUGAGUUUUUGAAAUGCCCUGUACUGCCUGUGACUGUGUGCAAAACAGAUAAAUUGCAAUUAUCAUAGCAACAUGUUGUUUGAAACCUUUACACUGGAAAAUUAGAAAUUAUAGCUAAAUUGUUGUGUUGUAUAUUAUGAACCAGUUGUAAAUGUUUGAUGUAAAAAUUUAUAAUGGCUAUAUGUAACUUCAGAGAGGAUAGUAAUUAUUCUUUAGUAAAAUACUAAAUAUAAAAAUAUUUCUACAAGACUACGAUUCUAGUGGCACAAGUGGCAUUUUGAUCUCAUGUUGAUGGCUCAGACGUGAGCUGUAGACAGAAGGAUCCUUUAGAACUUCAAUGUUUUGGAGGUAAAUAACACUGGUGUGACUGGUCUAUACAGUGGAGAGUCUAUAAAUAUUGAAGUAGCACCAGUCUGAUCAUGGUCUAACAUCACAUACAGUUGAAGUUCCUAUUACGAUGCUUCAUAUUCCUUCCGUUUGUGUUGAUGUUAUUCUAAAAAAAAAUUAUUCUUGAUGAUGAGUGGACCAACACUUGAUUUAAAUAUACUUGAAUUAUAGUCCUGCUUCAACGAUUCAAUAAAACGAAGAACAGUUGUUCU